UUCAAAACAUUUUUGCCCUUGAUGCCUUUGUACAAAAGAGAAUAUUGGAAAUAAACACAAGGUUUGUGUUAUUGAAAAAACUAUGGAUCAAAUUAAGUUAAAGCCAUCACCAGGGCAUGUUAAAUCUCCUUUACUUCAAAUGAUUCCUUUAAGUCACUAUGUUCCAGACGAGUUACACAUAAUGUUGCGAAUUUGGGAUAGGUUAUGGGAUUUAGUACUACAAGAACUCAAAACACAAAAUCGAUUUAAUGAUUUAGCAAGAGCAAAGAUUUUUGCCGAAAUGCGUAGGAUUUCAAUUUCAUUCAAUUUUUGGCAGGAACAGGGAACGCAAAAUUGGUCUUAUACAUCUUUAAUGGGAGAAGAUAAGGAAAAAGUAUUAAAAAACUUUAAUUUUCGAGUUGUUUUUGCUGAAGAACGUGCAUUUUUAAUCAACCAAUUAUGGAGAAAUUUUUAUGAACUUUAUAAUAAUAUGAAAUCUCAAAAAAUUAAUCCAAGUCACUUUGCAGACCAGGCAAAGCAAUGGUUAGAUUUGUUUCUUACUCCCUUCCAAGGUGAGCCCAAUACUAUUACUUUCAAGAUAGGUUUAUAUCGUCCAAAAGAUGUAACACCUUACAUGCAUGUUUUAGUUCACCAUUUACCCAAAUUUAUGGAACAACAUCAGAAGUUUGGAUUAAGUGCUUUUUCAUGUGCUCCUGUUGAAAAAAAAAAUUACGAUGUAGUUUCUGCAUUUUUUUGA